AUGUUAAAAACAAUUUGGUAUCAUUGUACAAUUAAAUACAGCGUCAAAGAAAUUGAAAAAGAUGCUGAAUAUGAGAAACAAUUAGUCAAUGCAUUUCCUCAAUUAUUAACAUUCACUGAUAUAAAUAAUUGUAUUGAUUACAUCACCGAUUGUGAUGAUCGAACGGUCUCUUUGAUUUUUUCCGACGUUCAAGGUAUUCAAUCUUUAUCACUUAUUUAUCAACUUGAACAAUUCAUACGUAUUUACGUUUUGGAACCGAUUUCAUCGAUUAAACAAGCAUCAGAUAAUGUCAUUAUUAAAAAUGUUCCUGUUAUUUGUGGACCAUUUAAACAAGUCAAUAAAUUAAUUGCUCAGCUACAUUGUGAUGCAACAUCACUGGAGAGAGCCACUUUUACAAAUCCGUUCAAUCUGCUUGUUGAUCGUUUACAUACAAUUGAUAAUAUUGACGAACAAGAAAAUGACCGACUUCGCUUUCAAGUCAUACUCACCGCUCUUCUGCGUUCGGAUACUUCAACGGAGUUUGUUCGACAGUUGAUGAUUGAUGAAUGCCGUCAACAUUAUACAAAUUUUAAGAACAUAGUUUAUCUAUGA